AUGGCCAGUAUCAAAGGUGCUGCUGUGUCUGCAAUUUUGAAAAUUUUGGCAAACAAGUUAGCUCCAUCGAUGUUGAAGCAGUACAGUUCUAUAGUGGGUGUGACAAUGGAUCUCCAGGAUCUCAAGGGUCGAUUUGAGGAUAUCAGCUCCUGGCUAGAAAAAGCAGGAUGUAAAACAACGGAUAAUGAUCAAUUUUUCAUCAGAAAAUUGAAACACGUCGCAUACGACGUUGAUGAUAUUGUUGAUGAGUUCCAUCUAGAGGCUGAGAAGCAUGAAGCUGAAGUUGCCAACAAUAUUGUGUCAAAAUGUCUCUGCACAAAACCAAAAUCAUAUCUGUUUCAAUUCAAGGCUGCCCUCAAGAUCAAGGCUAUAAAGAAUAGAUUUGAUGAAAUAGUGAAGCAAAGAACUGACUUCAGUGCAAUAGUAAACAGUUUGCCGGAAGGUCAUCCUGUUCCACACAUGAACAGGACUGCCAAGGCAACUCCAACAGUGCCAAAUGUUGCUGUGGCAUCAAUAAUAUGUGGAAGAGAGCGAGAAAAGCAGGAAAUAAUAUCUAAACUGGUGGACAAAAAUAACCAACAGAUAAUCAAGAUAGUCUCCAUAAUUGGGCUUGGUGGCUCUGGGAAAACUGCCUUGUCUAACCUAGUUUUCGGUGAUGGUAACACCGUAAAGGAUCAUUUUGAAGUAAGAAUAUGGGUUCAUGUGCCCCAAGAAUUUGAUGUCCAACAGCUUAUGAUGAAGAUGUUUGAAGCCAUUACUUAUCAAAAAUCUGAACAUCAUUCCAUACAGAACAUAAUUCAAACUAUAGCAGAUACAUUGACUGGAAAGAGGUAUUUGCUUGUAUUAGAUGAUGUCUGGACUGUGGACCGAAGUCAAUGGGAAGAUUUUAUGUUAUAUAUAAAGAGAGGAGCACCUGGAAGUAGUAUUUUGUUGACAAGUCGCAACAGAAAUGUUGCAGAAGCAGUGGAAUCAACAGAUCUGUCGAAGUUGUCGUCCUUGUCUAAGGAUGAUAGCUGGACAGUGUUCACUCAGAUCAUUGGUGAGGACAUAAAAGGUUUGGACUCUAAAUUAUUGGAAGUUGGGAGAGAGAUUGUGAAUAAAUGUGGUGGGGUGCCACUUGCAAUUAAAGUUCUUGCAAAUGUCCUUCGUGGCAAGACAGGUAUAGAACAAUGGAAGGCCGUGAGAGACAGUAAUCUACUAGAUGCUGAGGAUAAAGAGCAUAGAGUAUUAGCAAGCUUGAUGUUGAGCUAUUCCCAUUUACCAUCCCAUCUGAAACGGUGCUUCACAAUAUGUUCAUUGUUUCCUAAAGGCCUUCCGCUCGAUAAACAACAAUUGGUUGACCAAUGGAUUGCUCACAAUGUGAUUAGUUUGACUCAUGGUUACAAUUGCUUGGAGGAUGUUGGCGACGAGUGCUUCAAUUCACUUGUGCAAGUUUCUUUUCUCCAGGAUGUGAAGGAAUAUUUUGGGAGAGUGUGUUGCGAGAUGCAUGAUUUGCUUCAUGAUCUUGCCAAGUUCAUCUUGGAUGAGCAAAUUUCAACUAAUUGCAUGGAGCUUGCAGCCUUGUCAAAUUCUAUUGGUAGAAAUAAAAAGCUAAGAGUUCUUAAACUAGAUCAUACCAAGAUUAAGGAGCUACCAGUAGUUAUAACAAAAUUGAGAAAUCUACAAUGUUUGAGUCUACGUAAUUGUUAUAGGCUGGUAGAGUUGCCCAAAGGCAUCGGAAAUUUGGAUAAGCUUCAAUUUUUGAACCUAGAAUAUUGUGUGCAGCUAGUAGAGCUACCUAAAGAAAUUAACAACUUGGAGAAGCUUCAAGUUUUGAACUUGGAAAAUCGUGGGGAACUGGAAAAUCUACCUGAAGGCACUAGCAAGUUGGAGAAGCUUCAAGUUUUGAACCUCGAAGGCUGUAGGAAGCUGGUAGAGCUACCUGAUGGCAUUGUCAAGUUUGAGAGGCUUCAAGUUUUGAACCUGAAAGAUUGUGAAGAAUUGAGAGGGAUGCCUAUAGAGCUCGCAAAUGUAGGUAGGAAUAGUGAAGGUCUAAUUAUCAGAGGUAUUUCACAUGUGUUGGAGAAAGAUGAUGCACAUAAGGCAUGCUUGAAAGAGAAGACAAAUUUACAGAGGUUGAAGCUAGAAUGGAAGAUGCGUCAGAAAGGUGAGGUGAACACUGAGUUUUUCUUUAAUGAAAAGGUGGACACUAUGUUGGAGGAGGCUGUACUUGAUGGCCUAGAACCGCCAGCUGGGAUUAAAGAGCUAGAAAUUUGUGGGUACUCAGGCGAGAAAUAUGCAUGGUGGAUGCAGAAUCAGGUUGUUGGUACUGAAGUAAAGGGGCAAGCUUGCUUCCAAUUUUUGAGGGCGAUGAAGCUAUCUGAUUUCCAAGGAUUGAAGCAUCUACAAGGGCUUGUGGAACUUCCUUGUCUGGAGGAGCUUGAGCUGCACAAGAUGCCUUCUCUUGAGAGCAUAAGCUGUGGCCCAUUUCCUUCACUGGUGAAGUUAUUAAUGGAUGAUCUACCUAGAUUGGAAGAAGUGUGGUUGGUAGCAGAGAGGACCAUGUCUGAUGGAGAAGAGGGAGGAAACUGCAGCAAUUGUGCACCUCACUCGGGACAGGUCCGAGUUGGUAAUUGCUUGACAUGUCUGAAUAUAUCAAAUUGUCUUACAUUGAAGAUCAAGACAUUCCUACCUUUGUCUUGUCACCUGAAGCAUUGGAAGUUGUCUGAGUGUGCUGGGAAGUGGACCACAGAAUCUAAUUACCACUGCCAAUUCCAUUUCGAGAGGUCCAAUUCAUUCUUCUAUCAUAGCCACCUACAAAACACCGGACGUGAGUGGGAGGUGGUGCAACACAUGACAGCAUGGGAAUUAUUGAAGACUUUUCCCAUGGAUAAUGCACUAGGGGAGCUUCGACAUCUACAAGAGCUAAACAUUCUGAACUGCUGUCGCCUUAGUAGCCUUCCUCAAGCAAUGGGGCAACUCACAUCCCUCCAGCAUCAACAAAGAGUCAAAGACAUCCGCUCACCGGCGGAGGAUGAGGCGGCGCUCUACGGCGCUCGUCGGCGUGGGACUGGGAGGCAGCUGGCCGCACCCGGCGCCGCCGCGCGGGUGUACAACUGGAUGCUGGAGGAGCGGGCCCCAGUGCGCAGCCUCGCCCACGCGCCCCUCAACGACGCCGUUGCCGCGUGGGACUGUCGCGGCCGCUGCGGCGAUGACGGCGGUGGUGGUGUCGCCGCCUUCUCUACGCUCACGGGCGACCUGAGCCACUGCUUCCGCGUCGCGCACGGCCGCCAGCCCAGGUCCUUCACCGCCGACGCGCUAGCAUUCAGCUGGGGUGCUGGCGGUUGA